UGUCUCCCCUCCCCUCGCCUCUUUCCCUCUCCUCCCCCCCUUCCCUUUCGCCCCCCCCCCACGCCUCACGCCCCGGCCCCCCUUCCAGCCUCGCCGCACACGCAUCACCAUGUCCGGCUACGAUCGCGCCCUGACCGUCUUCUCGCCUGACGGGCACCUGUUCCAGGUGGACUACGCCCAGGAGGCCGUCCGCCGCGGUGUUGCCGCCGUGGCCGUCCGCGGGACGGACUGCGUUGUCCUGGCCUCCGAGCGUAAGGCCGUCCCUCGCCUGCAGGACCCGCGCACCGUUCGCAAGAUCCUCCGUCUGGAUGAGCACAUUGUCAUGGUUUUCGCUGGUCUCGCCGCUGAUGCGCGUGUCCUGGCCGACAUGGCCCGCGUCGAGUGCCAGAGCCACCGCCUCCAGGUGGAGGACCGUGUGUCCGUGGAGUACAUUUCUCGCCACAUUGCUGGCAUCCAGCAGCGCUACACCCAGCGCGGUGGCGCGCGGCCCUUCGGCCUGUCGGCCCUGAUUGUCGGCUUCGACCGCCCGGACGGCCCGCCCCGCCUCUACCAGACCGAGCCCUCCGGUAUCUACCACUCUUGGAAGGCCAACGCCAUCGGCCGCAACGCCAACACCGUGGUCGAGUUCCUGGAGAAGCGCUACCAGGAUACGAUGGACCGCCACGCGGCCACCGUGCUCGCCGUGCGCGCUCUCAUGGAGGUUGUCCAGUCCGGGCCCCGUAACAUUGAGGUGGCCGUCAUCACCGGCAAGGAUGGCGUCGAUAUGCUCUCUUCUGCCGACAUCGACGCCAUCGUCACCAUCAUCGAGGAGGAGAACGAGUCGGCCUCCUCCUCGGGCUCGGCCUCGACCGACGCCGCCGCCGUCAUGGUCUGAAGGUGUAGGGGCGCCUGAAUGCGCGCGCCUGGUGUGCUGCCCUUCUUCUCCCGACCCCCCCCCCACCACCCUUCGUCUCUUCUUCGCACAUGAUGUCCCUUCAGUGGCGCUGCUCUCCUUCCUCCUCUCUCUUCAUAUCUCUCCUUCUUGAGGGGGAGAGUGGGGGAGGGGAAGAGAGAAGAUACGUCCGCCGGCCGAUGCCUCGAUUGUGUAUCUUCUCCCGAUCAAACAACCCCAAUGUACUUUAUUCCCCAGCAUGUUUGCCCCUCUUCUUCCGGUGGCUUUCUCCACGUUCACGCCUCCGCGCC